GCAUGUUGAGAAUACAUUUGACGCCUAUAAAUAUGUACUCAUUCCAUAUUAUCUAAGCUGUAACCAAUUACUAUUCUUCUUUCUCACAAAAAAAAAAAAAAAGAAAAGAAAAGAAAAGAAAAGAAAAGAAAAAAAUAAUGGGGUCAUCCACUAAACCAUUCGUCUUCGAUGAAAAAGAAUGGGUUGUUCGAAUUAGUCGAACAUUAGACGAAGAACUUGAAGGAGAUAUCGAUAUUCCUCCAGUUAGUAUCUUCAAUGUUCCAAAACCACUUUUGCAUAGCAACCCUCAUUCUUAUGUUCCACAACAAAUUGCACUUGGGCCUUACAAUGGUUACACUACUCAACAUUGUGAAAUGGAGAGAUACAAAAUUGCUGCUGCCAGAAGGAUGCAACUGAACCAACCGGAUAGUGUGAAGAAGUUGCAUCACCUUGUUGAUGAAUUUCAGAAGCAUGAUCUUCGGAUUCGGGCACGAUACCAGAGGUACGUCGAUCUCAAUUGCGACACUCUGGCUUGGAUCAUGGCUCUGGAUGCUUGUUUUUUGCUCGAAUUCCUCCGGGUUUUCGCGGUUAAAGAAGAAGGUAACGUUAAGGAUUUUACUAGUGUUCCAUCGACCUUGUCACAUUUUAUUGAUACUGCAGGGAAAAAAUCCGCGCAUAACACGAUUUUGAGAGACGUUGUGAUGUUGGAGAAUCAAAUUCCCCUGUUCUUGUUGAGGCGAGUGUUGGAAUUCCAAUUAUCAUCGUUGGAUUCGGCUGAUGAAUUGCUGAUUUCGAUGUUGAUUGGAUUUUGCAACGAGAUUUCGCCGUUCAAAGGAACUACUGAUUGGAUUUUGACUACUACAAAUGCUGAUCAAGUUGCGCUCCUUAAAAAAUGUGCUCAUUUGCUGGACUUUUUGUACCAUACCAUCGUGCCCAAAUUUGAAGAGCCAUCAUCUGUUACGACUGUUAUUGAUACCACCGAAAUUGAUGCUGAGGAGGAGCAGGAUGAUGGCUCUGGAGAAGGAGGAUCUUUCAAGAAAAAAUCAGGCAAUUUUCAGAAUGUUUUUGGUAUGAUUUGUAUGGCAUUCUCAUAUCUGAAUAAGCUUCCGGUUCAAUCUAUUAAGCGAUUUGCAGGCUCAAAACCUUUUCAAGUCAUAUCCACAUUGCCUACGACUAUCUCAAACUUGUCACGAAUGAAGUCUUUUGAAAAGCCAAUAGAUAACAUGUUGUCUAAGGCCGCUGGUGGUGGUACUUUUGAGAGGCCUCCGUUGAUGGAAGAAAUCGUGAUCCCCUCAGUCGCAGAGCUCUCCAAAGCUGGAGUCAAAUUUUUGCCAACUUACACCGGCAUCUUCAGCAUCAAUUUCGAUGUUGCGACCGCGACGUUUUAUCUCCCUAUGGUUACUUUAGACGUGAAUUCUGAAAUCGUGUUGCGGAAUCUGGUGGCGUACGAAGCGUGUAGCGCUUCAGGCCCAAUGGUAUUCACGCGAUACACGGAAUUAAUGAAUGGAAUUAUCGACACCGAUGAGGAUGUGAAGAUUCUUAGGAAAAAUGGGAUCAUUGUGAACCAUUUCAAGAGUGAUAAGGUUGUGACGGAACUUUGGAAUGGGAUGAGCAGAUCGAUUAGGCUUACAAAGGUUGACUUUUUGGACAAAACCAUUGGAGAAGUGAACAAGUAUUACAAUGGCAGGUGGAAUAUCAAGGUCAAGAAGUUCGUGACCCGUUAUGUGUUUGAAUCAUGGAAGAUUUUAACGUUGUUUGCAACUCUUCUGAUGUUGUUGUUCACUGGUGUACAAGCUUUUUGUUCGGUUUACACUUGCCCCGGAGUUGUGAAUCGGAUUCAAAACUUACACGGAUGAAUGAUGAUGGCUCAUCCUUCAUAGUGUGAUUAUUUUGUUGUUUCCUCCAUCAAAUGUCAAAGUCUUAAAUCGACCAUGACAUCGUUAGUGCUAUUACUUAUCCACUUAGCUUCUGUUUCUGAUGUAUAUUAAAAAGAAAUUUACUUUAGCGUGUGGAUGGUUAGAUUGUUUGAAAAAUUAAAUUGUAUUGCACUUGAAAGAAGAAAAAUCCCUUUCUAGUGUGUUUGAUUUGGUGUUGAUGGAUUGCUGUUUCAUGCCAUUCUUUGGCUUGUGUUUAAAUAGAAUUGUGUGGUUUGUUCCUUAACAUUUUCUUUACUUGCACAAGUUAUUAC